UGCUCGAGUAGCUAUGUUAAAGUAACUUCUACUUUCACCGAACAGUAGAGGAUUCAUUCAGAGAAGAAGAUGCAGAACGUGAUAAACACAGUGAAGGGGACGGCUUUGGGGGUAGCCGAGUUUCUCACCCCGGUGUUGAAGGAAUCCAAAUUCAAAGAGACUGGAGUCAUUACACCAGAAGAGUUUGUAGCAGCUGGGGAUCACUUGGUUCAUCAUUGCCCCACAUGGAAAUGGGCGUCUGGGGAAGAAGUCAAGGUGAAGCCAUAUCUGCCCCAGGAUAAACAGUUUCUCCUGACACGCAAUGUUCCCUGUUACAAGCGGUGUAAACAAAUGGAGUACUCCGAUGAGCUUGAGGCCAUCAUAGAGGAAGAUGAUGGAGAUGGAGGCUGGGUGGACACUUACCACAACUCAGGUUUGUUAGGAGUCACAGACGCUGUACAGGAUAUUUCACUGGACAAUAGUAAGGACAAGAAUAUGAAUGCCACAUCUGCAGUAUAUUGUGAUGAUGAUGACGAUGAUGAUGAAGAUGGAGAUGCAGCAGAUAUGGAAGAGUAUGAGGAAAGUGGCCUUUUGGAAACUGAUGAGGCGACCCUGGACACCAGUAAAAUGGCGGAUGCCAAAGCAGAGGCUGGGAGCGAAGAUGCCAUCCUUCAGACUAGAACAUAUGACCUGUACAUCACUUAUGAUAAAUACUACCAGACCCCUCGACUUUGGCUCUUUGGAUACGAUGAAGACAGGCAACCGUUGACUGUCGACCAGAUGUACGAGGACAUCAGCCAGGACCAUGUGAAGAAGACGGUCACUAUUGAGAACCACCCCCACCUUCCUCCACCUGCCAUGUGCUCCGUCCACCCCUGCAGACAUGCUGAAGUGAUGAAAAAGAUCAUAGAGACGGUGGCAGACGGGGGAGGAGAGCUGGGAGUGCAUAUGUAUCUUCUAAUUUUCCUCAAGUUUGUCCAAGCGGUCAUUCCUACAAUAGAAUACGACUACACAAGACAUUUCACCAUGUAGCUUCCUACACCAGCCUCAACUGAUGCAUCAUGGGAAACGUCAUCUGUGUUAAGAUUAUAUCGGGUUUGGUCAGAUUACAAUCAGAUAGUGUUUGUGUGACUCAGACACCUUGUGUGGGGAAUGUUGGAGCUAUGUGACAAACUGUCUAUUAAAGCAACAGUCUGAAGUUUUGGGACACUGACCCAGAGUCAGAGAAGAAGAUUAGUAUCGGUUUCAUCUGUGUGUGACAUGAGAAGUGCACCUUUCAGGGUAAGACCUGUGUGAUCUUACGUGUGGAGAAACAAACCACCUUUGACAGAGCUGAUUUGUAGCUUGUAUCGUGCUAAGCUAGGCUAACCACAAUCUGGACCAUCACAAAUGAAACAGAUAUGAAUCUUGCAGACAAAGCUUUGUCCCAUACGUUGGACUGCUUCUCUGAAGUUCCUCUCCACGUUUAAUGUUGUUCAAUGUGGUGAUUGCUCUCAGAGCCCUCCUCAUAACUAAAGCUCUGCCCAUUCCACACUGCUCGGCUGUCUGUCAUGUAAAAAUAACAUUAAACCUGGUUUGCAGUCUCAACUUCUUGACUCCUUGAGAACACAAAGUUUUUCUGCAUAUAUAAUAAGCAUGCCAGGCUGCUGUGUGGCUCCUCACUGCCUCCAGUCAGCUCGUCAUAGGCAUCCAUUUCCUCUACAUCUGGGAUCAGGUUCAACAGAGGGUCUGUGUUUUUGUACAGCCACGCCAGUGUAGAAGGUGUUGAUCUGCUGGACCCUUGUCACUACAUGUACUGCUCUCAUCAUGGUGCUCUUUGUAGAAGGCAUGGCUGAACCCUGUUAGUGUUGAUGCCAGCCCAUUUUAAUCCUUGAUUCUCUGAAUGAGUUCAUGGCCAGACCUUUUCAUUCACAUAUGCUUCUUGUGGUUGGUUCACAUGUUUGUUUUUUUCCUCCCUGCAGCCUGUUUGAG